AUGUCGAAAGAGCUGGAAGACAUCACCGACUCCCAGGAGGUAGCGCACAUGAAGACGGAAGAGGAGGACUUGGACAACCUCCGCUUGAAGACCCAGGCUGCUUUGUUUCGUGCUGCCGAGGAUGGAUCCUUGCAGGAGGUCUUGGGGAGCAAGGCCAACCAGCCUGCCAAAGCCACAACCACAGAUGUGGACGUCCUCCGCCUCCACGCUGCGCAGAUGCUCUUGAGUGCCGCAGAGGACGGUUCCCUGGAGAAGGCCCUCAUCGACGCCUCCAAGGACACCAAGGACAUCGACCUGCUGCGGCAGGAGGCGGCGGCCACGCUUCUGCGAGCUGCGGAAGAUGGAACUCUUGAGUCGGUCUUGAGCAAGAGCCAAGCGCCCAAGGAUGACCUCGAGUCCCUGCGCCAGGAGGCUGCUCACACCCUCUUAGCUGCUGCCCAGGAUGGACGCCUGGAGGAGGUGCUGACCAAGAAGAGCCAGGAGACCAACAUCGAGGCCAUCCGACAAGAAGCUGCAGCGGCGCUCUGCAAAGCCAUGGAGGAGGGCAGCUUGGAAGCUGCAUUGGCGCAGGCGAAGGGUCAGAAGGAGGUGGACGUCCACAUGUUGAAGCAGGAAGCAGCCACAGCUUUGCUCCAAGCUGCCCAGGACGGAAGCCUCGAGAAGGCCUUUGCCGAAGUGAAGUCGGAGCCGCAGCAGGAGUUGGAAUCUCUUCGAACGGCGGCUGCAGAGACAUUGUUGAAGGCUGCGGUGGACGGCAGCCUGGAGCAGGCUCUGCGAGGAGCUCCAAGGAGCGGGGCUUCAGGCAUUACGUCUGCCGGGACCUCCGAACUGGGCGACCUGGCCACGGACCUGGUGCAUGCUGCCUGCCAAGCCGCCGAGACCCCGCAAGGGCCGCUGUCUGUGGUGUUUUCGCAGGAGCCGGUGGACGAAGACUCGCUGUCAAAGGCCACCAAGCCUGGCGAGCAGGGCAAGGACAUCGAGGCCAUCCGGCAGGCUGCAGCACGCUCGCUGCUGAAGGCUGCCGAGGAUGGGAGAUUGGAGUCGGCCCUGGGUGCUGUGACGAUGCCAUCCCAACAGGGCAGCAAGGCGGACAUUGAACACAUCCGCAUCAAGGCCGCUGCCUCCCUCUUGCGCGCUGCCGAAGACGGCCGGCUAGCCGAAGUCUUGGCUCCGACAUCCAAGGGCACGACCGACGUUGAGCAAAUCCGUCUCAAGGCCGCUGCUUCCCUCCUGCGUGCUGCUGAAGACGGCAGGCUUGCCGAAGUGUUGGCUCCGAAGUCUGAGAAGGAUGUCGACACCAUGCGGAAGGAAGCUGCGGCAGCCCUACUUUGCGCCGCGCAGGAUGGGCGCCUGGAGGCGGCUCUUGCAAAGGAGACCGUCUCGGAGGCGCCGGCCGGUGGGCCCCCAGCGGUGCCGGAGAUCGACGAGGAGGUCCGGGAGCUGGCCCGGAAGACCUUCGAGGAGGCUGCGGCCGACGGUCGGCUCGCUGAUGCUUUGAGCAAGGCCUUGGCUCCAGAGGCAGCCAAGACCAAGGAGCAGGAACUGGAGGCUCUCCGCGUUCAGGCCAAGGACACCCUCAUGGCAGCCUGUUCAGAUGGAAGUCUGGACGCAGCCUUGCAGAACAAGACCCAGGCACCUCGUGCAAGCCCUGCAAUAGCGGGCUUCCCACGUGUUCCGGCGGGGUGA